AUGUCCGUGGAAGCGAAAGAGACGGUUUCGGCACCAGUGCCAAUAGCAGACCUCAGCAAGCUCGCCGUGCCAACUUUGCCCAGUGUGACCCAGCAACCACCCAAAUCCAAUAGUCUCUGGUCGUCAAACCCAGUCUUUUCAUACCUCAACGAUGUCUACAUCACGAUAAGUGAGCACCGCAAGAACUUGGGGUUGAUCAACCCGGGCACCAUUGAGAACUUGAACAAGGAGGUCAGCAGAGAUGUGUUUUUGAACCAGUAUUUCUUCACCGGGUUGAGAGCAGACUUGAACAAGGCCUUUUCCAUCUCGCCUGCGUUCCAGACGUCCCACACCUUGAGUAUUGGCUCCGACUUGCCCCCCUAUGCAUUCAGCGCCUUGUAUGCCUCGGAAGACUUGUUUUUCCAAGGUAACAUUUGUGACGACAAGAGCUUUAGCGGUAGAAUCAACUAUGGUUGGGACAAGCACAACAUCUCCAAGCUCACGUUGCAAAUACUCGAGCGCCAGCCACCCAUGGUCCAAUUGGAGCAAGACUACCAGGCAAACGACUUUUCCAUCAACUUGAAAACCUUGAACCCUUCCUUCCUUUACGGCGGCUUUUCAGGGGUGGCCGUGGCUUCGCUUUUGCAAAGUUUGACUCCGAAAUUCGCCCUUGGUUUGGAAGCAAUGUACUCUAUGCAACCCUUGAGUCCGCCCGAUACCGCAGUCUCGUACGUGGCCCGCUACAACAACAAUGGCAAGUGGAUCGCGUCCGCGCAAUUGCAAGCUCAAGGUUCCUUAGUUGCUUCCUUUUGGAAAAAAGUCAGCGAUAAAGUCGAAGCUGGCGUCGAAACCCAAAUCGCCGCCACCAUGAAACAAGUCCCUGACCCUUUGAUGGGCGUUGGCUUUGAGCCCGUCAUCGAGGGAACCACCACCAUUGGAGCCAAGUACGAAUACAGAACCGCCGUGUUUAGAGGCCAGUUGGACUCGAGAGGCAAAAUCAGCGCCUUUUUGGAAAAGAGAAUCUUGCCUACCGUCAGCGUCUUGUUCAGCGGCGAGAUUGACCAGUUCAAGAGAUCGUCGAGAUUGGGCUUGGGUUUGCAGUUUGAAGCCGCGGGUAACGAACAAUUGAUGUUGAUGCAACAGGGUUUGAUCGACGCCAACGGUAACCCCGUGCCAGGCGCCCCUGCUGUCUUGUAA